AUGAGUAUGAAGUCAUUGAGCAAGCGGAUAUGUGAGAGUGAAGAACAGUUCGCGAAGUUCAGAAAUGCCAGCACAGAUUUUUCAGCUUUUGAAAAGGAAAACAUCGUCUCUCAGAUUGAGAAGGUUUGUUCUGACAAACAGCGUUUGGUGAAGCGAUCUCGCGUCAAGAAGUCUGACAUAGAGAGGAUUGGAGGGAAUCCUGAGGCCGAGGAAGACGAGGAAAUUUACGACGACGAUGAUUUUUACCAAGUUCUCUUGAAAGAACUGAUUAGCAAGAAAUCAAGUAACACUGAGGACCCUGUUGCAAUGACCAGGCAUUAUAUUGAAAUGCAGAAGCUGAAAAGUAAAAGAGCUAGAAAAAAGGAAAUUGACAACCGAGCUUCUAAGGAUAGAAAAUCAAGUAGAUACCUUCCAAUUCCUAAACUGGUGAAUUUUCAUCCAGCAAUGCCGGAAAUGGUCGAGUGGAAUCACGAAACGCGGAAUGAACUCUUCAAGUCUUUAUUUUCAUAG